AUGAGGCCCGUUCUCUUGCAAGGCCACGAGCGGUCAAUCAACCAGAUCAAGUACAACAAAGACGGCGAUCUUCUAUUUUCGGUAGCCAAGGACAAAGUCAUCUGCGCGUGGUACACCAGCAAUGGAGAAAGAUUAGGAACGUACAAUGGCCAUCAGGGUGCAAUUUGGACCGUCGAUGUGUCUCCGGACACGACUCUCUUAGCCUCCGGGGCGGCAGACAACACGAUAAAGUUGUGGAAUGUUAAGACGGGCGAAUGCGUCAAGACUUGGGAGUUCCCCACUGCGGUCAAGCGAGUCGAGUUCAGCGAAGAUGGGAAACAACUGCUUGGUGUGACGGAAAAACGAAUGGGCUAUCUCGGAACCAUUGUCGUGUAUGAUGUUCGUUACGGAGAGGACCUCACAGACCAGACCGACGAACACAGCCUCAAGAUUACCUGCGAAGAUGCCAAAGCUACGGUCGCCGGCUGGAGUUAUCUGGACAAAUAUAUCAUUUCUUGCCACGAAGAUGGCACUGUGCAACAGUGGGAUGCGAAGACUGGCGAGAAUUUGCGGGUUGUCGAGGCACACGAAUAUGACACAACCAUCAACGACAUUCAAUUUGCCCCGGACAGGACCUACUUCAUCACGGCUGGAAAAGACAAGACCGCAAAGCUUAUGGCGUCCCGGGACUUGAGCAUCCUGAAGACGUACACGGCGGAUACGCCGCUCAAUACUGCUGCCAUUACGCCCAAGAAAGACUUCGUUAUAUUGGGUGGUGGCCAGGCUGCAAUGGACGUGACUACGACGGACGCCCGCCAGGGUAAAUUCGAGGCUAGAUUCUACCACAAAAUCUUUGAGGACGAAAUCGGCCGUAUCAGGGGACACUUUGGACCUCUCAACAGCAUUGCUGUGCACCCACAAGGGAUCGGUUACGCCAGUGGUGGUGAAGACGGCUAUGUGAGAAUGCACACCUUCGACAAGCCGUAUUUCGACUUCAUGUACGAAGUCGAAAGAGAAGCCGCUCGGAAAUGA